UGCGCAGCCGGCCGGCCCCAGGACUCCCGCGACCCGGCCCCGCCGCCGCGCCCGCCCGGUCCCGCCGCCGCCAGGGGUCCCCGCGCCGCUUCCGUAGCGCGCCCUCCAGGGCUGCGGUCUCUUCUAUGAUGGAGGGAAGCCGGCAGACGCGAGUGUCACGGCCCUACAAGAUCAGCGAGUCCUCCAAGGUGUACCGCUGGGCCGAGCACCCGAGUACGGUGCUGCAGCGGCUCAACGAGCAGCGUCUCCGCGGGCUCUUCUGCGACAUCGUCCUGGUGGCGGACGAGCAGCGCGUGCCAGCCCACCGCAACCUACUGGCCGUGUGCAGCGACUACUUCAAUUCCAUGUUCACCAUCGGCAUGCGCGAGGCCUUCCAGAAGGAGGUGGAGCUCGUUGGCGCCUCGUACAUCGGGCUCAAGGCCGUGGUGGACUUCCUGUACGGCGGGGAACUAGCGCUGGACGGCGGCAACAUUGACUACAUCCUGGAGACGGCGCACCUGCUGCAGAUCUGGACGGUGGUGGACUUCUGCUGCGAGUACCUGGAGCAGGAGGUCAGCGAGGAGAACUACCUGUACCUGCAGGAGCUGGCCUCCAUCUACAGCCUCAGGCGGCUGGACGCCUUCGUCGACGGCUUCAUCCUGCGCCGCUUCGGCACGCUGUCCUUCACACCCGACUUCCUGCAGAACGUGUCCGUGCAGAAGCUGUGCGCCUACCUGGGCAGCAGCGAGGUGCAGCGCGAGUGCGAGCACGACCUGCUGCGGGCCGCCCUGCAGUGGCUCACGCAGCGGCCCGAGCGCGAGGCCCACGCCUUCCAGGUGCUGGAGAACAUCCACUUCCCGCUCAUCCCCAAGAACGACCUGCUGCAUCGCGUCAAGCCGGCCGUAUGCUCGCUGCUGCCGCGGGAGGCCAACUGCGAGGGCUUCAUCGAGGAGGCGGUGCGCUACCACAACAGCCUGGCGGCCCAGCCCGUGCUGCAGACCAAGCGCACGGCGCUGCGCACCAACCAGGAGCGGCUGCUGUUCGUGGGCGGCGAGGUGUCCGAGCGCUGCCUGGAGCUCAGCGACGACACCUGCUACCUGGAUGCUGCCAGCGAGCAGUGGGUCAAGGAGACACCCCUGCCGGCCCGGCGGAGCCACCACUGCGUCGCCGUGCUGGGGGGGUUCAUCUUCAUCGCCGGCGGCAGCUUCUCCCGGGACAAUGGAGGGGAUGCGGCGUCCAAUCUUCUUUAUAGGUAUGACCCCCGCUGUAAACAGUGGAUCAAGGUGGCUUCCAUGAACCAGCGCCGCGUGGAUUUCUACCUGGCCUCCAUCGAAGACAUGCUGGUGGCUGUCGGUGGCCGGAACGAGAAUGGAGCUCUUUCUUCAGUGGAGACGUACAGCCCCAAGACCGACUCCUGGUCCUAUGUGGCUGGCUUGCCCAGGUUCACCUACGGCCACGCGGGCACCAUCUACAAGGACUUCGUGUACAUCUCCGGGGGCCACGACUACCAGAUCGGCCCGUACCGCAAGAACCUGCUGUGUUACGACCACCGCACGGACGUGUGGGAGGAGCGGCGGCCCAUGACCACGGCGCGCGGCUGGCACAGCAUGUGCAGCCUCGGCGACACCAUCUACUCCAUCGGCGGCAGCGACGACAGCGUGGAGUCCAUGGAGCGCUUCGACGUGCUGGGCGUCGAGGCCUACAGCCCGCAGUGCAACCAGUGGACCCGCGUGGCGCCCCUGCUGCAGGCCAACAGCGAGUCGGGGGUGGCGGUGUGGCAGGGCCGCAUCUACAUCCUGGGCGGCUACAGCUGGGAGAGCACCGCCUUCUCCAAGACCGUGCAGGUGUACGACCGCGAGAAGGACACGUGGGGCAAGGGCCCCGACCUGCCCAAGGCCAUCGCCGGCGUGUCGGCCUGCGUGUGUGCCCUCAAGCCGCGGCUGGAGGACAAGAAGAAGAAGGGGAAGGGCAAGAGGAAAGAAAAAGUGUCCAUCCUAGAAUUUGCUGUUGUUUUCUCUGGCUUAGCUCCAAGAAGCCCUCGACAGCCCCUCCGUGAGUGAGCCGAGCACACCUUUCUCCUGGAGGAGGAUGUCAGGUACCCUCCCCACCCCCAAAACUCAGCCGUCCACUGCGAGGUCGUUUUGUGCUGCUGGGCAAAUUCUGUAACAAGUCUUAGCUGUUCCCUCAUUCAUUGCGCGGUGGGUCACAAUCACUGCCGCCCAGGGCUCGGCUCCUUCAGUCCAUAUAAGCUGUUAAUGUGCGUUGAGCACCUCCUGGGACGUGUGACCGCUCCGUGCUAACUCCCGCAGGUCUCACUACCAGGGUGUGCCCUCGGAGGAGAGCUGGGGACGGGGACUCCCACCCCAGCUCCUGUGGGCACGAGGAUGGGGGAGGAGAAGUGCACUUGCUGAGGGAGGCGUUCCCGAUCCAGCCUUGGCAAGGAUCUCACUGCAGAGAUGAGAAUAUCUCGAGAUUUAUUGUUAACCUUGGUACUAGACUCUGAAACUCCGUUAACGUAGUUACUUAAAAAAAAAAUGAUCUCUUUACUGUACUUGCUUUCCUUCCCCUUGAAGGAUUACUGUGAUUUUGAGGGGCUUUGGCACUGAAAUCUUCAGUACCUAAACCCGUCCCCUGUGUCGUUAGUGGGGUGAGCGGUCUGCUGACUUAGCUAGCUCUGUGCACGUGGAAGUCCCUAGAGGCUUACAAACUGUUGAGAGGUUCUGCCAGGCAUGCAAACAAUCAAACCAAAAACAAACUGUACACUCUUCUUGGAACUCCACAAUACUUCAGUGAAUUAAAGGCUCUGAGAAGUCCCACGUUAACUGUUAACCUGCCAUCACUCCACCAUUGCCAAACUUCGCUGAGCCCGAAAGCCUUUUUUGUCUCCUGCCUUGUCCAGCCCUCCACAAACGUGUUUUGCAGAACUUCUGCCAACUUUGGAUAGCUUACCCUCUUCCUAUUCCAGGAAAAGUGUUGCUAGUAGAGGACCCUACAGAAGGCAUGGAACCCGUGGUCUGUUCUCAGUCAUGAACAAAGAGGUGGUGGUUUAACCGGAGUCCGGGGUCAGGUGGGGAAGAGCAGGUAGAUUCCAUGUGUGCUUUGGGGGAGCAGGAUGGCUUUGACCUUGGGAAGAGGAGAGCCGCCCAUUUUUAGCUCAAGCCAGAUCUUUUAUUUCUGAUUACCAUGACGUGUCUGCAGACCAGGGUGCAGUGCUGGUCACUAUUCAGAUUCUCUUGUGCCUUGUGGACUCCGGACAAUGUCUCGCAUCUCCUCCUUCGUGCUGUCACUCUUGCCACCCUGAAGGCAGUUUGUCAUUUGCAUGGUUUAGACCCCAAUAUUGUUAAGGUUGAGAGGCUUCUUCCCAUGGACUGGCUUCUCACAAUCGUUGGUGGUUUUCCUGUGCUAAGGAAUGUUGUCGAGCCCGUCGGUGUCUGUGGAAAGGAGCG